UCUGACUCCAUUGAGUAUUAUCAUCUUAGCUUCCCAAUUCUCAACGUUUCUCUCAUCUCUCUCGUUCUUUCCCAAAUUUUGUUCCUUUCUUAUUCUUCACAAGAUAUUCUGGUAACAAGUUUAUAAUAAAGAAAGGGGCUUUUUUCUUUUGUAAUUUUUUUAUUACCCUCGUUUUCGAUCAGAAACUGUAAUUUGUUUCAUUUUCUGUGGUUGAUCGGAACUCAGAAGUGCUACAGAAACAGUCAAAGCUAAUCCUCCAUGGCCAAAAGCUCCUUCAAGCUCGAACACCCACUCGAGAGGAGGCAGGCAGAAGCUGCUCGGAUCAGGGAGAAGUAUCCUGACAGAAUUCCGGUAAUUGUGGAGAAGGCUGAAAGAAGUGACAUACCAGACAUUGACAAGAAAAAGUAUCUGGUUCCUGCUGAUUUGACGGUUGGGCAGUUUGUUUAUGUAGUCCGGAAGAGGAUUAAGCUCAGUGCGGAGAAGGCCAUAUUUAUAUUUGUGAAGAACAUUUUGCCACCCACUGCUGCUAUGAUGUCGGCUAUCUACGAGGAAAACAAAGAUGAAGAUGGUUUCCUCUACAUGACCUACAGCAGUGAAAACACAUUCGGUUAAUUCUGAUGAAAUCAAGCAGAGAUUGUGUAAAUAAGAUUCAAGGUGCAUGAAAGAUGUAUAUUUGUCUUGGAUUUCAACCUUUGCUACUGCGCACUGCAGCACCAAAGGUGUAAAGCGCAUGCACCAAGCUUCCAUCAUUCCUUCCAUUUUCAUUCAACAUCCAUAUUAUUUGACUUACUGAAAAUAUCAAUGAAAGCAUCAUGUACUCUCUUCUCUGCCCCUUUAA